GGAGGGGGAGCCCUGAAAGACUCGAGAGGAGAAGCCCUGAGAGGCUUGGGAGGGGGAGCCCUGAAAGACUCGAGAGGAGAAGCCCUGAGAGGCUCGAGAGGAGGAGCCCCGGGAGGCUUGAGAGACUUGAAAGGCAGAACCCUGGGGGGCUUGGGAGGUAGAGCUCUGGGAGGCUCGAGAGGAGGAGCCUUAGGAGGCUCGAGAGGAAGAGCCCUGGGAGGCUUGAGAGGAGCCCUGGGAGGCUUGGGAGGAGGAGCCUUGGGAGACUCGAGAGGCGGAGGCCGCGAGGGCUCUGAGGGGCGAGCAGAGGCUGGCAGAGCCGUGGAAGACUCUGAGAGCGGAGCAGAGGCUGGCAGAGCCGUGUCUGUUGUACCUCAGCAGAUGUUGAUUCAUUGUCAAUGGCUGUGGACGUUAAGUGUCAUCGAUUUCGAUUACGUAUUCCAGUAACAGAUUGGAUAAGAUUGUAUGAAUGGCCAGUAAGAAGUUAAGGAGGUCAGGUGUCUCAGCUGAUCUAUGCGAUCGACUCAAGCGUCAUCAAGUGGAAACAUGCCAGGAUCUGCUGUCCAUCACACCUCUUGAACUCAUGCGCUUGGCUGGACUCAGUUAUUCAGCUGUUUUGGACUUGCAACGUCUGGUCAGCAAAGCAUGUGUGCCGGCUGUGACCACCGCAUUGGAUUUGUGGAGGAAGAAGGGAGAGCUGUGUUUCUCCACAUCACUUCCUGCCCUGGACAGACUACUUCAGGGAGGUCUGCCACAAGGUGCUCUCACUGAGGUGACUGGCCCAUCAGGCUGUGGGAAGACUCAGUUCUGUAUUAUGCUCAGUUUGCUGGCCACUCUGCCGAAGAGUAUGGGAGGCCUGGACAGCGGAGUCAUCUACAUUGACACAGAAUCGGCAUUCUCUGCUGAGAGGUUGAUAGAAAUGGCACAGACCAGAUUCCCAGAAUACUUCUCUGUGAAGGAGCGUGUGCUAGAGAUGGCAUCUCGGGUUCAUCUCUUCAGGGAAUUGACCUGUCAAGAUGUCCUGAAUAGGCUAGAGCGUCUGGAGGAGGACAUCAUUGCGUGUCGAGCGGGGCUUCUUAUUUUGGACUCUGUGGCCUCUGUUGUGAGGAAGGAGUUUGAUACAUCGCUGCCUGGUAAUCUAAUACACAGGAGUAACUUACUGGGCCAGGAGGCUGCAAUGCUGAAGUACCUCGCACAGGAGUUCUGCAUUCCAGUGGUUUUAACUAACCAGAUCACCACACAUGUGGGCGAGAAGGUUCACUACCCUCAGCGGACUCAGUCAGAUGGAUCUAGUGAGGAGUCGUCGGGGUUUAUAACAGCAGCGCUGGGAAACACAUGGAGUCAUAGCGUUAAUACGCGCCUCAUCGUUCAGUAUAAAGACUCAGAACAGAGACAGAUUGUCAUCGCUAAGUCACCUGUGGCCCCUUUUGCCAUGCUGAGCUACACCGUUCAGAGGGAGGGCAUCUGUCUGCACGGGGAUGAUAACCCAGAAAGUUUUUUAAACCAAGGAACAGAUCCAGGGCUUCAGCCAAUCAGAGUGAGGACGGGGUUAAGCUACAACCUAUCCCAGGCCAUGCCCUCUACAUGUUGAGAAAUCCCUUGGCUGCAGAUCUAGUGACUGUUAUUGACCUGUACACUUAUUUUUAAUGCCAAUAAACAUGUUAA